GCGGCCAAAAAUCAAUUUUGAAUGUGACAUGACAGUCGAGGUCGAGGUUGCGGAGUUUUGUCGCAAAACAAAGCGAGUAAAUAAUUUAUCAAGUAAAUAGAACACAUAACAAUUUUUGUGUUGAACCGUGGUUGAACCAUUACAGUGGCAUGACAAUCGACUUUGUUUUAUUAUAAUGCUGUUUGUUUUUCCGUGUUAAAUCUUUCGAUGUUGCAUUUUCUAUGUUAAUCGAUGAUGUAAGAAACUGAAGGUCUCAUUAGUGCGUACUUUGUUUUAUUGUUUUGGGUGACUUGUGAGUGAGUUUUCGAGAUGGAGGGCGAGGAUGGGGGGAUGGGGAGCCCGGGAGACGAUUACGAGAGCAGUUCCCACUCUACGCCUCAGGAACACAAGUCGUUUGCUGAAUUCGCGAAAGAUAAAUUGGACAGUGCUAGCAGGGAGCUCCGCCGCCGCCUCCCAAUGGCGGGGCAACUGGGGGCCCAUCUGAUGCAUCCCCGGCGCCUGCUGCUGCACUCUACCCCUACUCAGCACACUGAUGUGGUACUCAUAUUCCCUAAAGGUCUACCAGACAGCAUGCUUCUAUGGCUGCUGCAGAAACUACGCGGCAGCAGACCUCGCCUGCGUGUGUGUGUUCGCCAGCACGCAUCUUCAGGCUGCUCGGCCUUCUACAUCACCGCGGACGAUGACGUGCUGUUACAAACGGCGGAAGAGGUGCACCUACCGAAGCUGCUGAAGCCAGAAUUCGGAGGUGGCUACAAGGAGUUUACUGUCCGGGACAUGCAUUGUUUUCAAAAGGGAUCGUCAGCGGCGGAACUCCUCAACUCACAAGAGCGAGGGGCUCUAGUGAAGCACGUUUUGGAAUCAGCGCGCGCAGAGCCGGGCGAUGAACACGCACUGGAACCCGCGUUGACGCUGCGCCCUGGACAGAGUAUUGUGCCGGCGUGCGUAUCCCGAGGCGUAGUGCAGGGCAUGUUUCCGCUACACGAGCGAGGAGCCCUUGAGAACCUGAGACGCAAAUGGGUGAAAACGCUCUUCGCGCCGCAGCCUUUAGAUGAAAUAAGCGAAUACUUUGGAGUGAAGAUAGCGAUGUACUUCGCUUGGCUGGGGCACUAUACGCGCUCGCUGACUGUGCCUGCCGUCGUUGGGUUUGUGUUCUGGAUUUGGUUGGGUACUGCCAAUGAGAAUUGGAAGGAUAUCGCCCACGUUUUAUUCUCUUUGUUUAACGUAUUGUGGGCCUGUGUUUAUUUGGAGACAUGGAAGAGGUAUUCUAAUGCGCUGGCAUAUAAAUGGGGAACAUUGGAUCAGAGAUCUGAACUUUUAGUGGAGCCGAGGCCUUUAUUUCAGGGAGAAAUGAGCGCAAGUCCAGUAACAGGGCGGCCCGAGCCCGAAUACCCGGCAUGGAAACGCAGAUUAUGGCGGCACGGGGUGUCCUUCCCGGUCACUCUGCUGUGUCUAGUCGUCGCUACUGUCAUCACCUUCACACUGUUGCACAUGCAGGAUUGGUGGGAAAACAAAAUAGGUUAUUUUAAUUUUAUGCCACGGGCAUUCUUGGCCAUCAUAAUAUUUUUGGAGGAGGAGGCAUACGCCCGGAUAGCAAGGUGGCUGAACGACAAAGAAAACUAUCGUCUCGAGACAAAGUAUGAGAACCAUCUGAUUGUGAAAAUAGCAUUGUUUCAAUUUGUGAACUCGUUCAUGAGUUUGUUCUACAUUGCGUUUUAUCUUCAGGAUAUGGAUAAAUUAAAAGAGCAACUCGCCGUUUUGCUUAUAACGAGACAAAUCAUAGGCAACCUGAAAGAGUCGGCCCUGCCUUAUUUGAUUGAGAACUUGAGGUUGGCCAAAAUCUGCGUCGACGUGUUUGGAGCGCUCAGUCCUACGAAAACCCCAACAGCGGCACAAAUAACAGAGUUGUUCGACAGUAAAAAGACUGACACGCCAACCCCGUGUCAAAUCGGGAACGGAGAAGAGAGACGCGACUCUGAGACGAGCGUAGGUCAGAAAAUUAUACAUCAAGCGGAACUUGAAUCACAGCUGUUCAAGUACGAAGGCACGUUCGCGGAAUACCUCGAAAUGCUCACACAGCUGGGGCAUGUCGUUCUAUUUUCCUCUGCAUUCCCACUGGCAGCGUUAUGCGCGCAACUCAACAACGCGGCAGAAAUCCGCGCCGACGCGUUUAAGCUGUGCCACGUGGCGCAGCGGCCGUUCGGCGAGCGAGUGAGCAGCAUUGGCAGCUGGCAGAGCGCGAUGGAAGCUAUGGUGGCUGUGGCCGUACUAGUGAACUGCGCUCUGAUUGGCUUGUCGGGACCCGUACACAGGCUGCUACCGGACGCUACCCCGGCUCAGACUAUACUGGUCAUCGUAGCGCUUGAGCAUCUGAUCCUCAUGAUAGUGCUCGCCCUCCGACUCGCUAUCCCGGAAAUCCCCGGCUGGCUCGCCACCGAGAUGGCCAAAGUGGAGUUCCAGCGACGAGAGGCCAUCAAGAACGCCCACGCACCACUUAUGUCGGAAUAUCCAUCCGUGGACGACAUGCGCCCCUCCUCCCGCAACACCCCGCGUACCAUCACCCCCACGACGCCCAAACAGCAGGACAAGCCGCCGGAGAAAAAGAAGAUCAACAUCGGCAAGAUACCAGAGAUCCCGCCCUUCAGGCCAAAGGCGGCGUCGAUCGCCGAGCCGCCCGUGAUCACGGGGUCGUUGCAGCUGCUCCAAGAUGUCAGUCCUACCAAGCCGCUGCGUCGAAAGGAGGCAGCACCGGGCGCUCCAUUAUCGCUGCUGGGAGUCCGGGGGCUCCGCGAUGAGCCUCUGCAUCGUUCAGCGCACUGCAUUCCUCAUCCUACACAGCACCGCCCGUUGGUCAACCCUACGCUACAGGAGCUGAGCGGCAGCGUAAGCGCAGGCGGGUCAGAGCCGGACCUGAACGCGGUGCCUUCGGCCGCGCCAUCUAUCGAUGCUAGCGCCACGUCGAGCGAGGAUGACAAACCUAAGGACAAAGGUCGAUCGCGAGCCAAGGCGUUGCUAGUGAAGCGAGUACGCUCCGUAGCAGUAUUCUCAUUGGGUCUGCGCAAGGCGCGCGAAGCAGCGGCUGAAAAACAUGCACCUGCGAGCAAUGUACCCGCGGUCACCCCCGACAAGUAUGGCAUGGGUGGCCCGGCCCCGAUACUCGGCGGCGAGCUGUCCCUCAUACCAAUCGAACAGCUCAUUCAAGUCGACGACGUCCGGCGUCCCACGUAGACAUUACACUAACAACUUUACCGACC